CCCUCUUCAUCUUCAUCUCUUCAUCACGUUCUUUGGUUUUCUCCCCUAUUUUUAUUUUUUAUCGUUUUGAAAAAAAAAAAUGGACUAUUAAUCCCCCUCCUCCCCCUGUCUCUCUCUAUUGCUACUGCUACCUCCACUACCACUACUACUAAUAAUAAAGUCUCGUUUGGUUCUUUCUCACAAUAUAUAUUUUCAAAGAAUUCGCGGGAUUAUCACAUUUCUAGGCAUAUUUUAAGAGCUAAAAUAGUUUCAAACACCAUUUUAGGGUUUCCUCUGUUUAGAAUUCCAUCAAUUAGUCGAAUUCAGUGCUCUGCAUUUUCGGUUCAGUUACCUCAAUUUUGAAGAAAUAUAGUAGUGGGUUCUUAGUUUAGAAGUCCAAAAGUUCAAAGCUUUGCGAAUUUCGCCAUCCUCUAAUUCCAAGGUAAACAAAAUGAUUGGACCGGGAUUCAUUGAUGAAAUGGACUUGGAUAUCUGCGGAGAUUUCUUUGAUCAUAUCGAUGAUUUACUUGAUUUUCCAAGUGAGGAAAUCGAAGGAAAUGGAGGAGUUAUUGGAGGAGGAGAUUGCAAUGCCUUUCAAGAUAUGUGGCCUUCAAUCCCACCACCAGAAUCGUUGGUUGAUCCUUGCUCUGGUUUCUCUAACAGCAGCUCAGAUCUUUCCACUGAACUCCCUGUUCCGCAUGAAGACAUUGUCCAAUUGGAAUGGUUAUCAAACUUUGUCGAGGAUUCUUUCUCAGCUGGAAGCAUCCCUCUCGACACAGACUUCAUUAACAACAACAAGAAGGAUGACUCUCAUCGGUUCCGUACCUCCAGCCCAGUCUCCGUCCUCGAGAGCAAUAGCUCUUGCUCUGGUGGAAAGACAAUGUCUCUCAGUCCUGACACUGUUGUUCCUGGACGUGCACGGAGCAAGCGCCCACGACCUGCAACUUUCAAUCCACGACCUGCUCUUAGUUUUGUCUCUCCCGUUUCAUCCAUAACCAAUGUCCAGAACCUAUCAAUGUCCAACUCCUAUUUAUCAUCAGAAUCAGAGAACUACGCAGAAUCCCAUCCACCAUAUAUACCAAACUAUGAUGGUACGGAACAGAAGAAGAAGAAAAAGAAGAAGAAACUGACACCAUCUCUACCAAGUUAUAGUUCAGACCUUGACGAUUCACUUCAGCAGCAGCAGCCUGGCGUGGCUGUCAGAAAAUGUUUGCAUUGUGAGAUAACAAAGACUCCUCAGUGGAGAGCGGGUCCAAUGGGUCCCAAGACCCUCUGCAACGCUUGUGGUGUUCGUUUCAAGUCAGGGCGGCUCUUCCCCGAAUACCGUCCUGCCGCAAGUCCGACAUUCGUAGCUUCACUGCACUCCAACUCCCACAAGAAAGUCCUGGAAAUGCGAGUCAAAGGUACACCAGACGACAUGAAUCCAAUGAGUCCAGCUCCAGAAUUCUUGCCAGCAAGCAACACCCAUAUGCUUGAUUACAUAUAAGUAGGAGCUCGGAAAGAAGACAUAGUUGAAGUUUCCUUUUUCAAUUUUAAAACUUUUACAGUUUAUCUUUCUUUCUUUUAUUUUAUUUGUAUGUUGUACAGAGUUGGGUUGGAGAGGAGGAUAGAAGCAAUAGAUGACCAACAAUAUGUUAGCUGCUAGAGAGAAAAAAGAAACUUAAGAAGGAUUAGGAAAGGGAUGAGCAAGAGAGCAAGGAAGGCAGGCUUAGGUUUAGGAUUUAGAGUUUUAGAGAAGAAGAAGAAGAAGAAAGCUUUAGAUCCUUGUAGGUAUUCAAAGUUGUGUUUCGUGGUUAUUUGUUUUGAAUUCUUUUUGCAGUUGUUUGAUUUGCUUAGGAAAGUCUGAUCUUUUAAUGAAAUAUUUCAUGUACAAUGUCGGAUUUUACA